AUUAGUGACAAAUGGCGACGAAGUUUGUUUUGAACCGUACUGAUAUUGUAUAAAAUAUCAUUUAUGAAAAGAACCAAAGAGAACGCACUAACAUAUAAAUAAUAUUAUUUCUUCGUUUCUGGAAAACUUUAAUGUUUAUAUAUUCAGUUUUGAUUGUACAUAUUCAAUUAUAUUUACAACAGAGACUUACAUAAUGGCUGCAUUUCCACUGAAAAAAGUAGAAUUACAAACUGAUGUGUACAUGACAUGUUUACAGCAUGCCUUGUCAACAGAAAGUUUUGAAGUAAUGGGACUAUUGAUCGGGGAUACAGUAUGUGGCAUUACAAAAAUUAUUGCUGUUAUUAUUUUACGACGUUUGGACAAAAAGAAAGACAGAGUUGAAAUUUCAUCUGAACAAUUAUUGAAAGCUGUUGUGGAAGCAGAACGAUUAACAGAUGAACUAAACCAUCCUGUACGUGUGCUUGGUUGGUACCAUUCACAUCCACACAUAACUGUUUGCCCUUCACACCUUGAUGUUAGAACUCAAACAACAUAUCAGACAAUGGAUCGUACCUUUGUGGGUUUGAUAUUCUCAGUAUUUUCAGAAAGCAAAGAAUCUAAGGAGCAAGAGAUCUCUUUAACUUGUUUUCAAUCAUGUAAUGGAGAAGCAACAGAGAUUCCAUUAGAAAUUGUACACUCAUCUCUGAUAUCUGAUAAAUGUUUAAAGACAAUGACGGAUUUACCGAAAAUUUUGGUUCAAGAAGAAGAAGAGAUGGCAGAAACAUGUAAAAAUCAUCAGGAUAUUCUCGCCAGUAUACAUAAUAACGCCGUGAGAACGCGUACAUUGGUUCACAUAACGGAUAUAAUUACGAAGCCUUUAGUAUUGACGUUUCAGAAGAGGAUAGCUUUAAAUAAAUUACGCGCCGCGCUUCUUCAAAGGCAGCUACAGGAAUUGCAAAAAGUGAGCAACGAAUAAAAAUUUCUUCCUGUAAAAAACAAAUAUUUCUUUCUUUUUCUUAUGCGUAAUAAACAUAAGUAUAUUAAGUUCAGUAUUUUUCCACUUUGUACUAAUACAUUUUCAUUCGGUUUUCGUAUUAUUUAUUGUGCAAGGUGAAAGCAAGUUUCAUGUACAAAAUGUAAAGUUACUUAAGAUAACGAAAUAUAAUGAAUUUCUUUCUUGUUUAAUUUCCACGAGUUUUUUUUUGUCAACCAAAUAAGAACAGACAAACAAACCUUUCAGUGAUUAUUUUUAUUUUACCUUUCACG